CCUCCUAGCUUGAAAUGCGGCCAUCUCUUCCUCCUCCUCCACCAGCAAAAACGGCAACAAUUAGGAGCAGAACAAGUGGGCGUUGGUAGCUAGAGCUAAGGUCCAACCGCGCGAAAGGGAAUUGAAUCGAUUCGAAUCGGAUCUGCACCACCGCCCUCUCUCCUCCAUCGCCGUCAGAGAGCGGAGAUGGCGAUGCAAACGCAUUUUUUUGUCUCCCACCUCGACCCCGGCCAGCCUCGCGAGAUCUCCCCAACUCCAAUGGCGCCCGCCUCCUCCUGCUCCUCCUAAACCUAGCCCCGACCACACCACCACCCAGUAGAGCUGGCGGCAACGACCAGCGGCGGCCAUGUCGACGGAUCGGGAGAAGGAGCGGGAGUCCGAGUUGGAGGGCGCCAUGUACACCAGCUGCCUCCUCCUCAGCCUCGAUCCGGCCGUCCUCAGCUCCCCCGCCGGCGCCACCUUCCCCGCCUCGGCCACUCCAACCCCCGCCUCGGACUUCGACAAGGUGUGGCCGAUCUUCGAUUCCGCCCAGUCCAGGGAGUUCGGCAAGUCGCUGGCCAUGCAAGAGCAAGAGCUCAUGUGAGUGAAGUGAAUGAGAAGGAAAAGUCACAACAAGAACAACCAAUAAGAAGGAGCUCAUGUAUGUUAAAUAUUCCAAUAUUCUCUUUUGUGAUUCUUGCAUAUAUAACGCUUUUUGAAUGUGAUAAAGGAAUAUAAAGAUGUUCAUUUACCUUGAAUUUUUUAAAACUCUUGUUACUAUACAUGUGCAUUUGCUCGAUUAAUAUAAAAUAAAUACUUUUCAUGUUUGCGUGUGAAAUUACAUUAUUUUUAGAUUGCCUGGCAUGUUCAUAGGAACCUGAUGUGUUGCAGACUGGGCUGUAGUACUGCCAAUCCUGACUGCUUCGGUUUUAUAUAAUUACAACAUUUUUAAUAGUACAAGCAAAGCUAUUCCGGCCACGCACUUGGAGCUAUUUUAUCAAUAUGUUUAAAACACUGAUAAUAGACUAGCAAAAAGCCCCGUGCGUUUCUACGGAAGAAAAGAAAUUGAAAAACAUGCUAACUUAAGUUUUCAAAAGUGGUGCCUUUUGCGCGUACCUACGUAUUGAGAGCAACUCUAGCGGUUACCAAAAUUUCUGAUCGAAAAAACGUUAAUUCAGUCUACCGAAAACGCCUUUUCCGAUAUAAUUUCAUAUUUUAUAGUUUUUAGCCCACAUGAAAAUUAUGUUAGCCUCGACGAGAUGCUGCUCUUCCUUCGCUCCAUCACGCAUCUCUGCGAUGCCAUGCCACAUAUAUUGGGCAUGUUUCAACCAUGAUCUUUAAGGAAAAUUUAGGAUCCAGCACAUCAUCGAUUAGUCAUAUGAUCAAGUCCAAUCGGGUCAAAAAAUAGAUCCAGGAAAAUGGUAAAACUAAAAUCAUAUACGAAGGAAAAUUAAAUCAGUAGAAUUUUCAAAACAGAUCCAUGUCCUAAUUAAAUUUAGAAAGCAUGGUCUGCAUGUACCAUCAAUUAGACCAAGAUUUCAGCAAACUGCUACUGCUGUCGUGCUGCUUGUGGCAGGGUCCAAUGUAGCUUAAUUGCAUUUCCACGAAACAUUGUCCCUAAGUUGGAAAGUCGCUGGCCAUGCAAGAGCAAGAGCUCAUGUGAGUGAAGUGAAUGAGAAGGAAAAGUCACAACAAGAACAACCAAUAAGAAGGAGCUCAUGUAUGUUAAAUAUUCCAAUAUUCUCUUUUGUGAUUCUUGCAUAUAUAACGCUUUUUGAAUGUGAUAAAGGAAUAUAAAGAUGUUCAUUUACCUUGAAUUUUUUAAAACUCUUGUUACUAUACAUGUGCAUUUGCUCGAUUAAUAUAAAAUAAAUACUUUUCA